CCUCUCUUGCCUCAGCUGCAACAAAAGUUAAUCACCUUCUCCCAAGGCCAUCACUGUGAUUCAGCGCGUGCUCAUUGUUUAAUCCUGUUCAAUUUGUCCUUCGAGAGGAGCAGGAACAACAUGUCUUCAACUCCGUCUCCGGGCGCCGCAGACGAUGCGCGCUCAACAAUCCAACAGGGUCGCAAAAGAAAGCGAAUCUCGGUGGCCUGUCGAUCGUGUCGGACGCGCAAAUCCCGUUGUGAUGGCGGCCAACCGUGUUCAACCUGCCAGGACAUGGAGACGUCAUGCCUGUAUGAUCAGCCCAUCGGCCAGCCUGCCAUGGCGGCCGGAAUUGGUCCUGAGGUUGCUGAUCUACAGAGAGAAAAUGUGCUUCUCGAACAGAGAUUGCAGACAUUGGAACUAAAGCUUCAAUCCUUGGAACAAGAGGAGGGAUCUGAUAGACGACUACCCCGGAGAAGCGGAUCCGUAGAGGCGCAUACCGCUGCUCCUAUUCCAACGCAAGGAGAUCUGCAAUGGAAAAUCCCUAGGCGACUGGCUAGAUCCUCGGAUCAAGAUGAUGUGGUGGACGGAAUGGGGUCUGUCGCCCUUAAAGAUGGUGCAGAUGAGGACGAGUAUUUCGGACCCUCAUCAAAUGUAGCUUUUCUGAGGUUCAUUGUGCGUGCUGUUGGCCAUCCGGUGAAUCCAGAAGGCUACCUAUCGCAGCCAGCCACAGACGUCCUCACAGAACUGAGCAAUGAUGGGUCCAGCGCAUUCUUGAGAAGACCCGCCAAUGCAGAUAACUCAGGCGAGGGAAAGCAACGGAAAGUUGUGGAACCAUUCUCUCUGCCGCCCCAAAGCGAGGCAGAACACCUGCUGCGGUUGUAUUUCACGACCGUCAAUCUGAUGCUCCCCUGCAUCCACGAAGACUCGUUCCGGGAGACGUACAGGAAGGCUCAGAGUGACGGGCUCCGAGCAGUGCGGAGACCAUGGCUUGGUGUGCUCAAUGUGGUGUUUGCCAUCGCAACCAAUGUCUUGACUCCAACAUCACCGCCGCUGGAACGGGCCACACGAUCGAGCAUGUAUUUCGAUCGAGCCGUGGAGCUGGUGCGGCCAGACAUGUUGGGACGACUUUCUCUAGAAUUAGUGCAACUAUUCCUGCUUAUGGAAAUCUAUCUCGAAGGGACAACAUCCUCAUCCCUAGCCUGGACAUUCCAUGGCCUCGCCGUCAAAGGAGCAUACCAGCUGGGGCUUCAAUUUAUGGGGUCCAAGAACCACUCUUGCCUUGACCAGGAGAUUCGGAGGAGAAUAUGGUACUGCUGUGUGAUGAAUGAUCGUUGGCUGAGCGUCACGUAUGGCCGCCCUCCUCUGAUUCCAUUGUCGCUCGUGAGACCCGAAACAAGCCUGCACUUGGCAUUUAGCAAUGUCCCCCGUGGCAUUACCAUGUCGAGUCUGGCUUACUUCGAUGCGACCAUGGCUAUGACCCAUAUAAUAGGAGAAGCCGUGGAUCGGCUAUACGACCAGAACCUGGGUCCCCGUUCGCUUGCCCCUAUGAAUGAGGCACUCGAUCAGAUCUCCCGAUUACGCUGGAAACUGGCGCAAUGGCAGGACAAUCUCCCGGCAUGUUUAAAGAUCAUCACUUCACAAGACACAGCCGAUGAUGUCCCUCCCACUCUCGAAACUACUCGAUUUCGUGUCCUUCUAUCUCUUCGCUUCUUGGGGACCAGAAUCCUUGUCUUGCGGCCCGUCCUCAGCCAGUACCUCGACCUGCCUGGGACAACAACCUCGAAUGGAGAACAAUCCAAAUGGCUCUGCAGUUCUGGGGCAGUUCUGCUGGCCGAUUUAGUUCGCACAUGCAGCGACAUCCUUCAUAUCAGCAAGAAUAUCCUAACUGCUUCACGAAACGACCAAAAUCUACUUGGGGCAUGGUGGUUUUCCUGCUAUUAUACAUUCAACUCCUCGCUUGCAAUUCUGGGAGUCCUUCUGAUCAAACGAAUCCCGUCGUUGUCAGCUGAGUUGUCAACCUUUUCUGUCGCAGAAUUACGAGUUUUACUGGACACGGCCAUGGACAUCCUGCAAGGACUAGGUACAGGCAAUAAGACCAUCAUGCGGUGUCGAGGGACCCUCGCCCGGCUUAUCAACGAGUUUGAUUCAAGCGGUACGCAAGUUCAUGGAGCUGGAUUUACGCCUGCGUCAUUCUCGUUAUCCCCAUCCAGUGCGUGGGCGUGGCAGCUCAUGGAGCCGGGGUUGUUUGGUUCGGAGGUGUCAUUGGGUCUUGCGCCUAGUCUGUCGGAUGUUGCACAUGCUUCGCAAUUACCCAAUGGCUUUGAAAUGCAUCAUGGUGAUCAUAUGUCCAUAUCAGGGAACCAAUGACUGGGACUGGGAAACUAGACUGGCGUUUACGAUUAUCUUUGAACAUAUCAUUUACACUAAUAAUACCCUCGCGACUGCGCCAGUUUGUCAGUCUGUGGC